GGCGACUCCAACGUGCUAGUAAUAGGCUGUGGCACUGGGGGCGGGGGGGGGGGUCUCCUCUGCUGGUGCUUACUGCAGCUUCCCCGGCUGGAGUUCUGCGAAUUGGCAUCCGAAGUCUGGGAGUUCGAUUUCAUCCCCUCCAGCUGGUGGUUUGUGUUGGCUCCAGCCACCAGAAGGAAAUGGAUCUGGCAGCUCUAAAAGUGACUGGCUCUUAGCACACACUUCAUGGUAUAUGCCAGAGGUUUGGAGGGUAACCUGGCAGCGUCACAAAGAUGUCUCUUCACGCUACGAGGGCCAGUGCUCUCCUGGCCUGGGUGAACAGCCUGAAGGUCGACAAUCCCCUGAGUGAUCUGUCACAGCUCCGGGACUGCAGUGUCUUCCUCAAGAUCAUCGACAAAGUCCAUGGCUCUGCGGAGGGACGGUCUGUUCUGCAGCAGCCCUUGCCGGAGAGGAUCGAGUUCAUCCGGAGCUUUCUACAGAAGCACUGCAAGCACAAGUCAACCAUGGAAAGCCCCGUGUCCAUACCGAAACUCUUGGAGGGAGAGGAACUGGAGCUGGCCAAGGUGACCAUGCUGCUCCUGUACCACGCCUCCAUGAGCACCAAAAGCUCCAGGGACUGGAACGAAUUUGAAUACAAAAUCCAGGCUGAGCUGGCGACGGUCCUCAAGUUCGUGCUUGACAACGAAGAGAGCCUGAAUGAGAACCUGGAGCUCUUCCUGCAGAAGAAAGUGCCGCUUUCAUCCUCCAGCAUCUCCAGCACCAGCUCCGAGGAGCAGUCUCCCGUGUUCUCCCGCCAGCACAAGCGAGAGGUGCGCUUCCUGGAGCUGCAGAAGAUCGCCUCCUCAUCCAGCAUGAACAACUUCCUUCCUGUCUCGCCCGCCUCCCCCAUGGGCGACAUCAUGCAGACCCCGCAGUUCCAACUGAGACGGCUGAAGAAGCAGCUGGCAGACGAGAGGGAAAACCGGGAUGAGCUGGAGCUGGAACUGACAGAGAACCGCAAACUCAUCACAGAGAAGGAGACUCAAAUCACUAUGAUGCAGCAACGGAUCGACCGCCUGACUCUUCUCAAUGAGAGACAGACUGCUGAUCAGCUGGAGCCAAAGCCGCUGGAAGAGCUGCGGGAAAAGAACGAAAGCUUGAUCCUGCGUCUGCACGAGGCUCUAAAGCAAUGCCAGGACCUGAAGACUGAAAAAGGCCAGAUGGACCGAAAAAUCAACCAGCUCUCCGAGGAGAACGGGGACCUCUCAUUCAAGCUGCGGGAGUUCGCCAGCCACUUGAUGCAGCUGCAAGAGGCUUUGAACGAGCUCUCCGAGGAACACAAUGCGGCACUGGUGGAGUCGGGGGAGAAACAAGCCCACCUGGAGACCGAGCUCCACACCACCCUCCACGAGAAGAAAUGCUUGGAAGAGAAGAUGGAGAUUCUGCAGGGGAAGAUCUCUCUGCUGGAAGACCAGCUGACAAAGCUGGGGGAGAGUGCCACGCAGGAGAAAGGAGAGGUUAUGGGGGACAUCCUGAAGCUUGAAGAGUUAAAGCAUGAAGUGGCCAGCCUCUCUGCUAAAGGGAUAGAGCUCCAAGCCACGAUCCUUCAGCUGGAAGAGGAGAAGGGCCUCCGUGAGGCAGAUCUUCAGUCUGAACGGAGCCGCUUUGAAGAGGAGAAACUUCAGCUCACGGGCCUCAUCGCCAACCUCCAGAGCUCAGUCUCUGAGCUCCACCUGGCUAAAGAGAAGCUGGAGCAGGACUCCAGAGCGCAGGAGGAGUGCCUGACCGCCCAGGUAAACACACUCACCACAGAGAUUGCUAAGCUAAACGGCUUCCUCCUCCAGAGGGACCAGGAGCUGGUGACUCUUCACCAGCAGGUGGAGGAGGAGAGGAUUCAGAAGGGACAGCUGGUCGAAGAUCUCCAGAAGCAAGAGCAAUCCUCCAGGGAGACCAUCCAAGGACUGAGCCUCCAGGUGGACCAGCUCAGUGACACCCUGAAGCACAGCGAGGAGAAGCUGGUGCAGUUCACCCAGCAGAUGGAAGCUACAAGCGAAGGGGAAGCCAGACACCUGGCAUCCUUGAGAGAAGAGCAUGCGAAGGCCAUGCAGGAAAGGGAGUCUGCCCUGCGGCAGCUACAGGAAUCCCAGCAGGAACAGGAAGCGGAGCUGGCAGCCCUGACCGCUCAGCUGCAAACGUUGGAGAAAGCCAGAGACGCCAGCCAGGCCUCUGCCAGAGAGAUCCAGAGGGAAAAAGCUGAAUUGAGCCGGAGAGUCCAAGAGCUGGACGCCAGAGUCCUUGAACUCACUGCCCGGUGCUCGCAGAGCGAGGCCCAAGCAGCAGCUGCGGAGUCACUGAGAGCCCAGCUCCAAGAACUAGAGAACCAGCUGAAAGACGGGCAGCAGAAACUCUCCGACAAGGAGCGGCUGGCCAAGGAAAACGCCCAGCUCCAAGAGCGGCUCCUGGCCAUGGAAGAGUCGGUCCGGAACACAGAGGGGAUCUUGGAGGAUGAGAAGAGGAGAGCUUCAGAGACCCUUGAAGGGAAUCUUAAAAGGAUAACUGAGCUGGAGUCCCGAAUGCAGCAGCUGGCAGAGCACAGAGAUCAGGCUAUGCAGGAGGUGGGCGAGGAGCAGGCUAAGAGACAAGCGCUCACGCUGCAGGUGCAGCAGCUGGGAGACGAAUACAGGGCAAAGUCAGAGAGGCUGCAACGCCAGCUGGCAGAGAUGUCUUCGGCCGCUAAAGGGGGUGAAGGAGAGCGUGAGAGGCUGGAGGAGGCAAUAAAAGCUCUGAGUGGAGACCACAAACAGGCCUGCCAGCAGCUCCAGGCGGAGCAGGGCAAAGUGGCGGAGCUGGAGGCGCAGAUGAAGCGCCUGACCACAGAGCAAGAAGAGAGGCUGGCACUGCUUCAGACUGACCUUGCCAGCGCCGUCGCACAGGUCAAGGAGAAGGAGAGCGUGGCACUAAAACUCAGGGACGAUCUCGCCUCUCUGCAGGAGAAGACAGCGGCGUCCCAGCAGGAAGCAGCUCAGCGCAUAGCUCGGCUGGAGAUGGAUGCACAGAAGGCAGCUGAGGCACUCAAGGUUGUCACCAAGGAGUUGUCCGAUGAAAGGCUCAGGACGACAGAGCUUGAAGCGACGGUGAAGCGUCUUGAGGAACAGAAGCGUGAGGAGCUGACAGCUACGGAGUCUGACCUCUCCAGAGCAGCGCUGGUUCUGAAGGAGAGAGAACUAGAAGCGGAGAAACUCUCUGGUGAGGUUAAGCUGCUGAGCGCUAGGCUGGAAGAAACGCUGCAGAAGCAGAAACAGGCGCUCGCUCUUCGAGACACGGAGAUGAAGCAUCUGACAGGGGAGAUGGAGCAAGCCAAGGCAGACCUCACAGCAGAGAAAGCCAGCAAGGCAGAGCUGGAAGUCCAGCUGCAGAACUCCAUCAAUGAGCAAAGAGCCGAGCGUUCUGCUCACCAGCAGGAGCUGGCCAGGUCCCUGGAACUGAUCGAGGAGAAGGAAGGGGAGCUGGACGAGCUCCGUCUGAAAAACGUCUCCCGUAACGAGGAGCUGAGAGACCUGCAGAAGACUGUUGUCAAGUUGAAAGGGGAGCUUGCCUCCGUGGAGGCACUGAAGGAGCGGGCGGCCAAGAUGGAAAAUGAGCUGCAGGGCUUCCUAGAGGUUGCCAGGACCCGAGAAGCCGAGAUUGACAGCAUCAAGUCCAUUGUGUACUCCAAGGAGGUGUCUCUCAAAAGCUUGGAGGAGAAGAUCCGACACACGGAGCAGGAAUCCAGCUCCAGCCAAGACCUCUACCAGGAGAAGCUGAAGGAGAGCGAGAUGCUCCACUCUGAAGUGGAGAAACUGGAGCAGAAGUGCAGGGAGCAGCGAGACACCAUUGCCAGCCUAGAGAAAGCAGCAGCUCAAACUAAAGCAGCCACUUCGGAGCAUCAGGAAGCCCAGCUGGAGGCCCUGAGGGGAGAGGUUACGCAGCAGAAGCAGAAGGUGUUGGAGCUGGAGAAACUCCUGGAAGCCUCUAGGUCAGCACAGGCUGGGCAAGACGGCACCCUAGAGAUGCUGAAGAAAGAGCUCUUGGAUAAGGGGAAAGAGCUGGCCCAGAGUAAAGACUCCAUCGCCGCAGCAGAGAAGGAGCUGGCGUCUCUACGCUCUGCAGUUCAAGAGACGGGCGCGUCGGAAGACAGCUGGAAGGAACAAAUUUCCCAGUGCUGUCAGGAAGUGGAGAGGAAAAACAGCCUGAUCGGCAGCCUGGAGCAGGAGGUGUCCAUCCUCCACCUGCAGGUCUUGGAGAAGGAGGGAGAGAGCAAGGAGCUGAAGCGCCUGAUCAUGGCGGAGUCGGAGAAGAGCAAGAAGCUGGAGGAGAGGCUGCGGGUGCUCCAGACUGAGACGGCCACUGCCGCUUCUCGAGCCGCGGAGAGAUGCGCUCGGAUGAAGGCCGAAGUUCAGGCCUACGAGGAGGAGACUGAGAAGCAGAGGCUGUCCAUAGAGGCCCUGAAGAGGCAACUGAGCUCCCAAGGCGAAUGCCAGGAGGAGCUCCGCCAAGAGGUGAAGGCCUGGCAGGAGAAGUGCUUCCAGAAGGAACAGCUCUUGUCCUCUCUGCAGCUAGAGCUCACGAAUGCCCAAGCCUUGGUCGGGGAGCUGAUGCCAGUGAAACGCCUCUACCAGCAGCAGCAGGCUGAGCAGUCCUCCCUGGAAAGCAAACACCGUGAAGAGCUGGAGCAGAGGCAGAAAGCAGCCGGUGCUCUGCAGGCAGAGCUGGCCAGAGCCAAGGGGGAGCUGGCAGAUCGCAUCUCCCUCAAGGAGAGGCUCUCCGAACAAGACCGUGCCGUGCAGCGGCUGCAGGGGGAGAACGCCAGCUACGCAGAGCGGCUCGCCGUGCUCCAGCGGGCCAACGCCCAGCUGAUGGAGGAGCACCAAGCGCUCAGUGAGAAGUCCAGCCAAGGGCGGCGGACGUUGGAUGCCGAGCUCAGCCAGAUGAAGGAGCAGCACUGCCAGGAGAUGGAAGCCCUCAAGGCGGAGUCUGAGAAACUGGUGGCUGGGAGCCAGCGAGAGGCUGAAGACGCUGUGAAGAAGCUGGAGGCCAUGGCCAACAAGUACGAGAACGCCAAAGUCCGGGUCCUCGAGGAGAGGCAAAAGUUCCAGGAGGAGAGGCAGAAGCUGACGACUCAGGUGGAGCAGCUAGAGGUAUUUCGGAAAGAACAAGCUAAGCAGGUGGAGGAGCUGCAUAAAAAGCUGACCCAGAACGAAAAAGCCAUCCGAUCCCAGCAGGAGAAAGCCAAGGUGCGGGAAGGGGAGCUCCAGGCAGAGGCCGAUCGCCAGCAGGUGAAGAUCUCGGAGCUGCAGGAGCAGCUGGCCCAGAAGGAGAAGGCUGCAGAGCACUAUAAAGGGCAGGUGGAGAAGGCAAAAACUUUCUAUGAGGCGAAGAAGCAGCAGAACCAAGACCUGGCGGAGAAGCUGAAGGGGAUGGAGCAGCUGCAGAAGGAGAACAAUGACCUCAAGGCUGAGUCGGAGCGGCUGGCCAAGGAGCUGCAGCAAUCCAUCCUGCAGGCCAAGGAGUCGGAGCUCAGCUGCAGGAACCUGACCAGCCAGGUCCGCAGCCUGGAGGCGCAGGUGGAGUUUGCCGAUCGCCAGUUACGGGAGCUUGGCAAGUUCCAGGUGGCUACGGAUACGCUGAAGAGCCGGAAGACCUUCCGUCAGAACCCAGCUGACGUCAGCACAGACAGCCUGGACCUGAGCGGUGAUGAGAUGAUGCCGCUCAACUCCACCAGCAGGAAGCCUGGUCGAUCCCAGUCGGAAACCUCGGCCAUGCCGGGCAGCGUGGAAUCGCUCACAUCCCAACGGCUGCCUCGUAAAGUUGAGUCUCUGGAGAGCCUCUAUUUUACCCCCAUCCCCACCCGCACGCAGUCCAAACUGGAGAGCAGCAUUGGCUCCCUGGGCGACCUGUCCAUCGACUCAGGCUGCAAGACCCGUUCGGCUCGCCGGCGCACCACGCAGAUCAUCAACAUCACCAUGACGAAAAAACAGGCCGAGGCAGAGGAACCAGACAGCGCCAACGCGUCCUUCUACAGCGUGCAGUCAGCCCAGGCCCACCAGAACGCCCCUGCACAGAACCCCGCCAGGAGCAGGCUGCGCUCGGCCGCCUCCACCCGCUCCGUCGCCAGCUGCCGCUCUCAGGAAUCCCUCGCUGGGCUGGGAGCUGCCUCUCCCGAGGAGACCCCGGGCAACCCUGCACUGCUCAAUCUACCCGGCUACCGGCCUGCCACCCGCAGCUCCUUGAGGCGCUCACAGGCGGGCAGCAGUUCCAGCCUCAGCCGCAGCAGCUUCUAUCUGGGCACUUGUCAGGAUGAGCCGGAUCCGCUGGACGAUUGGAACCGCAUUGCCGAGCUGCAGCAGCGCAACCGGGUGUGUCCUCCCCACAUGAAGACCUGCUACCCCCUGGAGUCUAGGCCCUCCCAGUCCCUGACCGUCAUCACGGACGAGGAGAUGAAGACGGGCGACCCGAAGGAGACGCUGCGCCGGGCCAGCAUGCAGCCCUCGCAGAUCGAGAGCGCAGCCGCCCGUCGCAGCACCCUCAGCACCGGCUGGGCAGGAGGCAUCGCCACGCGGCAGCAGAGGAAGCGCAGUUCAGACGAAUCUCACCAGGGCCCAGACACCCCGGAGUCCAAGAAGCCAACCAGCUGCUUCCCACGGCCCCAGACGCCCAGAGAGCGGAACGAGGAGCGCAAGCGUGGCGGCAGGAAGGGCGAGCCCCAAGCGACCGGCAAGCAGCCUGACCGGCGCCAGUCCAUGGCCUUCAGCAUCCUGAACACCCCCAAGAAGCUGGGCAGCAGCCUUCUGCGCCGAGGCACCAACCGGAAAACGACACCCAAAACCUCGCCCCGUGGCAGCGCUCGGCGGUCCCCCAGGAUAGCCACGGCCAAGUCGCCCAAGGGGAAGGGCAAGGCCAGCCGCAAGUCACCCAAGAACAUGAAAUUCUAACUCUCCUGGCCGAGCCCCGCUCUGUGCUGGGUCUGCCGGGGGCAAAGCUAUCCCGACGGCGCCAUCCUGCUAUGAGCUGCUCCAUCCGCCACUUUGGAUCAAGCUUUUGCCCUUUAUCUCCCUCCCUGCUCUGAAGCCAUCGGUGUGUUCCCGUAAGACCCCGGUCCCCAGGGCAGAGCUGGGCAGCGCAGCUGGUACCCGAGUGCUUGGGGAGGACUUCCAGGGACUGAGUCUGCUCGCUGGGCACGGUGCCAACGGAGGAGCUCUUCGGAGCUGGGGCAGGAAAACCUGGGCGCUUCCCUGCGGGUGGUGAGCUGGCUGGGGAGGUGGAAGGGGGAUCCUGGAGAGAGGGGAGAGCUCCCCAGUGAGCCCCAGCAGAGCCCGCAGGAAAGGACCCCACCCUUUGAGUUGUGGCUGUGGGCUAUCUCCAGCUGGGUGGUUCAGCAGCCAUGUCCCCCUUCCCGAACUCCUGACGUGCCCCCUUCCCCCCACGGCUGGGCUCCCCGGGCUCCCCUUCCCCUUCAGCUUAGCCAGCCCCCGGCAGGUACCUCACGCAGCCCAUGGGCUCUCACUUCUCCCCAUGGAGAACACCAAAGGAACCGCUCGGAGUGGGUCGCUGACCCGCCUGGGGGUGCGCGUAGCUCGGACUCUGGGGACGGGAGGCACCGUUGGCUCUUAAUUGGCUUAGUGGGGAGUGAGGGUUCUUACGGGGUCUCUCUCUUGCAUGUAACUCUAGUUUGGGUUGUUCCCUGCAGGGGGCUGCCUUCUUCAAACACUAGCAUCCGGCCGGGGGAGGGAAGUGGGGACUGCAACCGUGUGGCACUAGCGGCGUGUUUCCUAUGGGGUUUGGGCAUGAGGAUUAUGGCCAGGGGAAUUCUUCCGUAUGAUUCUGAUCACACCCGUCCGUGGGGCACUGAUCAGCUUCUUGUAGGCCCUGCACUGGACAUAGGGAGGGCAGCCGGGGUCCCUGGCCCAGGGCGGGUGGGGGUGGAGGUGCUUCCUCCACUGUACAGACGGGGUGGGGGUCCAGCAGACAGCGUCCCCUCCCCCUCAGCUGUGUUGUUUUGGGUUGUAUUGUAGCCAGCUGGGGCUCCCCUGCGAGGUGGGAAACAGGCCAGGGCCGGGCUGUUGCGCAGGUGGGCUCUGCCCCAGCCAGGCUUAGCGCCGCUGGGCUAGGAGGGGUCCCACAGCCAAGGCCAGCUGGCAUGGUGGGGGCUGCCAGGGGAGCUGGGCGUGUGCAGCCCGGGGAGUGGGCGUCUGACCCCUGCAGAGCUGUAUGGCCAACGCCCCGUGUCCAUCGCAAGGCAGGGCAGGGUUUUAGACUCUGCUCCCAGGGCGAGCUCUGCUGUAUCCCCCUGCAGAGCCCCCACCUCACCUUGCGCUCAGUCCCCCUGAGCUAACGAACCGGGGCUUGCUUCCUGGAGCCCAGGUUACAAUGGGCUGGGCCUCAGCAGCUGUGUUAGCCCCCCCGCCCCCCCCCCCCCACGGUUUAUCAUGGUUGAAAGCUGCUCUUCUGAGGCCUGCAAAGCCUCUGGCAGCUGAGGAGAGGCUGGGCUGGGUCAGUGCCGCGGGGGGCAGCUCUGUGCCGGGUGGCGGGACGGGGCUGUGGGGCGCUGGCAGAGCUGGCUGGGAGGCUGCGCCCACUGCCCCGCCUGGCUGGGGCUCCCUCAUUUCUACAGACGCGGUAAUGACGUCUCGAAUCCUCUUGGCUUUCCGGGGGGCUGUGCUGGGAGGGGACCCGCCGAGCGCUCAGCUGAGGCUGUCUGGAUGUCAGUGGAAUGUGUCAUUUUUAAACCCUUUCUACUUGUAAAUAAACUGUAUUUUUCUCCUGA